UGCUACAAAUACAGGUGAAUCUUGCUAAAUUUAACAUUACUAAAUGAUAUAUAUCAUCUACUGCAGGUACCAUAUACACAUGGAUACGAAAACACACAAACAGACUUUGAUCUCACAACAGCAGAUGGGAUAAAGAAGUGGCAAGAAACACUACAACUCAUGUACCAGACUAACCAGAUGCAGGGUGGAGGUGGACAAAACACAUUUUCACAUUCUAUGUCGACAAAUCUAUCAGACAUCAGUUACAUUGAGCAGAAUAGUAUGUAUAUGACAACAAGUAGAGUUGAUGAUUAUCCAACAUCAAUGAGCUCACAUGGAACAUCAAGGAUCACCAAUUAUGAUGCAGAAAUGCUUAAAGGAUCUGCUGCAGGCUCUUCAAAUACCUACAGAUACAAAAAGGGAGGCUUCACUGAACUUAUGCUGGAACAAAUCAGGAAUUCACAGGAAGAUGAUCAAUGUGACAGUAAUAGGCAGCAGCUUGAAAGGAUGCAAGGAACAUUAACCCAGAUGAUCAUUGGAAAUGAUAUGAAUGAGAAUAGGAGCCUUGAGAAUCUAGAUGGAAUCUUUGGACCGCAAACUGACUGGUCAAUAUCAGAGUCAAGAACAUCAUAUGAGGGCGAACAAAUGGCAAGCAUGGCUGAUGAAGACAGAUCUGAAAAUGGACAAUAUCAUUGGCAAACUGAUGUAUUCAACAACAUGGAAAUUGAUGAGGUGCAACAUGAAGAUGAAGAUGAUCAACCAACAAUGGAAGAAAAUGACUUGAGGAUCAUAGCAGCAGAACCAACAAAUUCAGAUAUUACAUCAGCUGUAACAGAUGAUAAUGAGCAUGUAAAUGGCAGUCAGGAACUCACGGAGGAGGAGAUUGAAGAAUUCAUUAAAAGUGAGCAGGUUGCUGCAUCUGCAGGCAACAAUGCACCAAUCAGCAGCAAGUACACCCCACAACUAUCAAUGGAAUUUAAGACUAGGAAUGAUGCUCACCAUUUCUUCAACUUUUAUGCAUUCCUAGCUGGAUUUCAAGUUGUCAUAACACAUACGACAAGAACUCAAAGUAAGAAGAAAUAAUGAGGUAGUGAAAGUGACAAUGAGAUGCAAUCGUCAAUGAAAAGAAAAGGAACCAAAGUCUUUAGAGCAACAAGAGGCAGAUUUAGAAAGUAUGUUGGAAACAAACCAGUUAGGAGAAGGAAAACAAAUGUUCAACAAAAAUCAGAAUGUCCUUGUGUUAUGAUGGUGAAAGAAGAAGGAGGUAUAUGGAAGAUUAAAACUCUAGAUUUGGAACAUAAUCAUGAGCUAUGCCCUGGACAGAGGGAUCAAUUAUUUUCAGGCCACAAGUACAUGACUGAGUUGGAAAAAGGUCUUAUCAAGACUCUGAACGAUAAUAAUAUCCCAACUAGGAAAAUGGUUUCUAUUCUAUCAUAUCUGAGAGGUGGUCUAACAGCUCUACCAAUGAAAAAAAAAGACAUCAGCAACUUUAGGACAAAGCUCAACAGAGAAAUUAAAGGUUCUGACAUGACAAAAGUACUUGACUAUUUCAAAAAAAACAAACAAAGGAUACUUCUUUCUUUUUCAGGUUUGAUUUAGAUGAGGAAAACAGAGUGAGAAACUUGUUUUGAACAGACUGCUCUUGUAUGAAAUAUUAUGCAGAUUACGGAGAAUGUGUGAGUUUCGACACGACUUAUAUGACCAAUCGAUACAACUUACCUUUUGCACCGUUUGUUGGAAUCACGGGACAUGGGCAAAGUUGCCUCUUCGCAUGUGCUUUCCUGCAUGAUGAGACAGUAGAUACUUUUAAGUGGGUAUUCCAAACUUUCCUUGAGGCAAUGGGAGGAAAACACCCUCAAACCAUCAUUACAGACCAAGACAUGGCUAUGAAAUCAGCAAUAGAGCAAGUCUUCAUUAACACAAAGCACAGAAACUGCUUGUUCCACAUAAAGACCAAAUGCUACAAUAAGAACAUCAAGGUAUUUGCAGCAAACGAAGGACUGUAUGAAGAAUUUGAAGAUGUAGUCAACAAUUGUCUAACAGAGGAAGAGUUUGAGCGACUUUGGAAGAGAAUGAUUGAGGAAAGAAACCUACAAGGGAAUCAAUACUUCAACAGAAUGUGGGAGAUGAGGAAAAGG